AUUCCCAUCCCAACCUGAUUUACCCCUUCCUCUGCUCUCCCCCUCCAUCCGGCCGUCUUCCCUCCUCCCGUUUGCGUUGCAAAACAGGGCCAUGCCAUCUGCAAAGGUGUCGCGAUGCACUUCCCCAAAUAACCGGUCCGGCGUGCCAGUCCCUAGGCGCCCUCCGGCUGCGGGCGCACGCCGAGCCCGGUGCUCCGGGUGCCCCGCACCAGGCCUCGCAGCCUGGGCGCAGUUGCACCGCGCGGGGCGGGGCGCAGCAGUGCGGGCUCCGGGGGACCCCCGUGCCCUGGUCCCGGCACUCGGCGGGUUUCCGGUACACGCGGGGAGAUCGCCGCCUGCCAGUGUCUUCGCGCUCGCCCCUGCCUCCGCCGCCUGGAUUGCAUUAUUAUUUUUAUCCGGGUUGCAGCUUGCGGCGGAUCCUGGAUCCCUCUACUGACUGGUCAAGACCGGAGAGGUAGAUGUCCACGCCCACAGACCCUGGCGCGAUGCCCCACCCAGGGCCUUCGCCAGGGCCCGGACCCUCACCUGGACCCAUUCUUGGACCCAGUCCAGGACCUGGACCGUCCCCGGGUUCUGUGCACAGUAUGAUGGGGCCGAGCCCUGGACCUCCCAGUGUCACAUCACACCCUAUGCCGACCAUGGGUUCCGCCGACUUCCCGCAGGAAGGCAUGCACCAGAUGCAUAAGCCCAUCGAUGGUCCGCACGACAAGGGGAUUGUAGAAGAUAUCCACUGUAGCUCCCUGAAGGGUUCCGGUAUGCGGCCGCCUCACCCGGGAAUGGGUCCUCCCCAGAGUCCGAUGGAUCAACACAGCCAAGGUUACAUGUCGCCACACCCGUCUCCGCUGGGAGCCCCAGAGCACGUCUCCAGCCCGAUGUCGGGAGGCGGCCCGACCCCUCCCCAGAUGCCGCCGAGCCAGCCCGGGCCCCUCAUCUCGGGCGAUCCGCAGGCGAUGAGCCAGCCCAACAGAGGUCCCUCGCCUUUCAGCCCCGUCCAGCUGCAUCAGCUGCGAGCGCAGAUUCUAGCUUACAAAAUGCUGGCCCGGGGCCAGCCCCUCCCCGAAACACUGCAGCUUGCAGUCCAGGGGAAGAGGACGUUGCCCGGCAUGCAGCAGCCGCCGCCGCCCCCGCAGCCCCCGCAGCCCCCGCCGCAGGCGCAGGCGCAGGCGCAGCAGCCGCAGCCGCAGCAGCAGGCCCUUGUUCACUACAGCAGACCAUCUGGCCCGGGGCCGGAGCUGAGCGGCCCGAGCACCCCGCAGAAGCUGCCGGUGCCUGCGCCCAGCGGCCGGCCCUCGCCCGCGCCCCCCGCCGCCGCGCAGACGCCCGCGGCCGCCGUGCCCGGGCCCUCCGUGCCGCAGCCGGCCCCGGGGCAGCCCUCGCCCGUCCUGCAGCUGCAGCAGAAGCAGAGCCGCAUCAGCCCCAUCCAGAAACCGCAAGGCCUGGACCCGGUGGAGAUCCUGCAGGAGCGCGAGUACAGGCUCCAGGCUCGCAUAGCACAUAGGAUACAAGAACUGGAAAAUCUGCCUGGCUCUUUGCCACCAGAUUUACGAACCAAAGCAACGGUGGAACUGAAAGCACUUCGGUUACUCAAUUUUCAGCGUCAGCUGAGACAGGAGGUGGUGGCCUGCAUGCGACGGGACACCACCCUGGAGACAGCCCUCAACUCCAAAGCCUACAAGCGGAGCAAGCGCCAGACCCUUCGGGAGGCCCGCAUGACCGAGAAACUGGAGAAGCAACAGAAGAUCGAGCAGGAGCGGAAGCGCCGGCAGAAGCACCAGGAAUACCUCAACAGCAUUCUGCAGCAUGCAAAAGAUUUUAAGGAGUACCAUCGGUCUGUGGCCGGGAAGAUCCAGAAGCUGUCCAAAGCAGUGGCAACUUGGCACGCCAACACGGAAAGAGAGCAGAAGAAAGAGACGGAACGUAUCGAAAAGGAGAGAAUGCGGAGACUGAUGGCUGAAGAUGAAGAGGGCUACAGAAAACUGAUCGAUCAAAAGAAAGACCGGCGUUUAGCUUACCUUCUGCAGCAGACCGAUGAGUAUGUGGCCAACCUGACCAACCUGGUCUGGGAGCACAAGCAAGCCCAAGCAGCGAAAGAGAAGAAGAAGAGGAGGAGGAGGAAGAAGAAGGCUGAAGAGAUUGCUGAGGGAGGAGAGUCUGCCCUGGGACCAGACGGAGAGCCCAUAGACGAAAGCAGUCAGAUGAGUGACUUGCCCGUCAAAGUGACUCACACGGAAACGGGCAAGGUCCUCUUUGGACCAGAAGCACCCAAAGCAAGUCAGCUGGACGCCUGGUUGGAAAUGAAUCCCGGUUACGAAGUUGCCCCGCGAUCCGACAGUGAAGAGAGCGAUUCUGAUUACGAGGAGGAGGAUGAGGAAGAAGAGUCCAGUCGGCAGGACACGGAAGAGAAAAUACUUCUGGAUCCCAACAGCGAAGAGGUUUCUGAGAAGGAUGCCAAGCAGAUCAUUGAGACGGCCAAGCAGGACGUGGACGAUGAGUACAGCAUGCAGUAUAGCGCCAGGGGCUCCCAGUCCUACUACACAGUGGCCCAUGCCAUCUCCGAGCGCGUGGAGAAGCAGUCCGCCCUCCUCAUUAACGGGACCCUGAAGCAUUAUCAGCUCCAGGGCCUGGAAUGGAUGGUUUCCCUGUAUAAUAACAAUUUGAACGGGAUCUUAGCUGACGAAAUGGGGCUAGGGAAGACCAUACAGACCAUUGCACUCAUCACUUACCUGAUGGAGCACAAAAGACUCAAUGGCCCCUAUCUCAUCAUUGUUCCCCUUUCGACUCUGUCUAACUGGACAUAUGAAUUUGACAAAUGGGCUCCUUCUGUGGUGAAAAUUUCUUACAAGGGCACCCCCGCCAUGCGUCGCUCCCUCGUCCCCCAGCUGCGGAGUGGCAAAUUCAAUGUCCUCCUGACUACUUACGAGUACAUUAUCAAAGACAAGCACAUUCUUGCAAAGAUUCGGUGGAAAUACAUGAUUGUGGAUGAAGGCCACCGGAUGAAGAAUCACCACUGCAAGCUGACUCAGGUCUUGAACACUCACUAUGUGGCCCCCAGGAGGAUCCUCUUGACUGGGACCCCACUGCAGAAUAAGCUCCCGGAACUCUGGGCCCUCCUUAACUUCCUCCUCCCCACCAUUUUCAAGAGCUGCAGCACCUUUGAACAGUGGUUUAACGCCCCAUUUGCCAUGACUGGAGAAAGGGUGGACUUAAAUGAAGAGGAAACUAUAUUGAUCAUCAGGCGUCUACAUAAGGUGUUAAGACCAUUUUUACUGAGGAGGCUGAAGAAGGAAGUCGAGUCCCAGCUGCCCGAGAAAGUGGAAUACGUGAUCAAGUGUGACAUGUCCGCGCUGCAGAAAAUUCUCUAUCGCCACAUGCAAGCCAAAGGGAUCCUCCUCACGGAUGGUUCGGAGAAAGAUAAGAAGGGGAAGGGAGGUGCCAAGACCCUCAUGAACACCAUCAUGCAGUUGAGAAAAAUCUGCAAUCACCCCUAUAUGUUCCAGCACAUUGAGGAAUCCUUUGCUGAACACCUGGGCUAUUCCAAUGGGGUCAUCAAUGGGGCCGAGCUGUAUCGGGCCUCAGGAAAGUUUGAGCUGCUUGAUCGUAUUCUGCCAAAACUGAGAGCAACUAAUCACCGCGUGCUGCUUUUCUGCCAGAUGACGUCCCUCAUGACCAUCAUGGAGGAUUACUUUGCUUUUCGGAACUUCCUGUACCUUCGCCUUGAUGGCACCACCAAGUCUGAGGACCGCGCUGCGUUGCUGAAGAAAUUCAACGAGCCUGGGUCCCAGUAUUUCAUCUUCCUGCUGAGCACCCGAGCGGGCGGCCUGGGCUUGAACCUGCAGGCAGCGGAUACCGUGGUCAUCUUUGACAGCGACUGGAAUCCUCACCAGGAUCUGCAAGCGCAGGACCGAGCUCACCGCAUCGGUCAGCAGAAUGAGGUCCGGGUGCUGAGGCUGUGCACCGUGAACAGCGUGGAGGAAAAGAUUCUCGCCGCCGCCAAGUACAAGCUGAACGUGGAUCAGAAAGUGAUCCAGGCAGGCAUGUUCGAUCAGAAGUCCUCGAGCCACGAGCGGAGGGCGUUCCUGCAGGCCAUCCUGGAGCACGAGGAGGAAAAUGAGGAAGAAGAUGAAGUGCCCGACGAUGAGACCCUGAACCAAAUGAUUGCUCGACGAGAAGAAGAAUUUGAUCUCUUUAUGCGUAUGGACAUGGACCGGCGGAGGGAGGACGCUCGGAACCCGAAGCGGAAGCCGCGCCUCAUGGAGGAGGACGAGCUGCCCUCCUGGAUUAUCAAGGACGACGCGGAAGUCGAGCGGCUCACGUGUGAGGAGGAGGAGGAGAAGAUAUUCGGGAGGGGGUCUCGCCAGCGCCGGGACGUGGACUACAGCGACGCCCUCACCGAGAAGCAGUGGCUGAGGGCCAUUGAAGACGGCAAUUUGGAAGAAAUGGAAGAGGAAGUACGGCUCAAGAAGCGGAAAAGACGAAGAAAUGUGGAUAAAGAUCCUGCAAAGGAAGACGUGGAGAAGGCCAAGAAGAGAAGAGGCCGCCCUCCGGCUGAGAAACUGUCCCCAAAUCCCCCCAAACUGACGAAGCAGAUGAACGCCAUCAUCGAUACUGUGAUAAACUACAAGGACAGGUGUAACGUGGAGAAGGUGCCCGGUAAUUCUCAGUUGGAAAUAGAAGGAAACAGUUCAGGGCGGCAGCUCAGUGAAGUCUUCAUUCAGUUACCUUCAAGGAAAGAAUUGCCAGAAUAUUAUGAAUUAAUUAGGAAGCCGGUGGAUUUCAAAAAAAUAAAGGAAAGAAUUCGUAAUCACAAGUACCGGAGCCUGGGUGACCUGGAGAAAGACGUCAUGCUUCUCUGCCACAACGCUCAGACCUUCAACUUGGAGGGAUCCCAGAUCUACGAAGACUCGAUCGUCUUACAGUCCGUGUUUAAGAGCGCUCGGCAGAAAAUCGCCAAAGAGGAAGAGAGUGAGGACGACAGCAACGAGGAGGAGGAGGAGGAGGAAGAGGAGGAGUCCGAGUCCGAGGCCAAAUCUGUUAAGGUGAAAAUCAAGCUCAAUAAGAAAGACGAGAAAGCCCGGGACAAAGGCAAAGGCAAGAAGAGGCCAAACCGGGGAAAAGCCAAGCCUGUCGUGAGUGAUUUCGACAGUGACGAGGAGCAGGACGAAAAUGAACAGUCAGAAGCAAGCGGGACGGAUGAUGAGUGAUCGGUGUGGACCUUCCCCCGCCACCCCCCACCUCGGUAGACCUGAACUCCUUCCUCCCUCCCUCAUUUCUACCCAGUGAGUGCAUCUGUCCUACGGGCACUGGGUUGUUUCUGUGUCAUCCCCGUCUAUCAACUAGCUUUAGGAUCGUGCCCGACAAACAUAUGAUAUCAUGGUGUAAAAACACAACACGCACACACACGCACAUAGACACACACACACACAAAUAUUUGUAACAUAUUGUGACCAAAUGGGCCUCAAAGAUUCAAAGAUUAAAACAGACAAAGCUUUUGAUGGAAAAUAUGUGGGUGGAUAGUAUAUUUCUAUGGGUGGGUCUAAUUUGGUAACGGUUUGACUGUGCCUGGUUUUACCACCUGUUCAGAUGAAAAGGUUUUUUUUUUUUUUUUGUUAAUUUUUGGGGUUUUUUUUUUUGUUGUUGUUAUUUUGUAGAACUGAUAACCAGGAGAAGCCAUUAAAAGCCACUGGUUAUUUUAUUUUUCAUCAGGCAAUUUUCAAGGUUUUAAUUUGUUCAGUAUUUUUUUUUUUUACACUGUGGUACAUAUAAGCAACUUUACUAGGUGAUAAAUGUACAGUAGUUAGACUUCAUCUGCAUAGACAUUUUUUCCAUUUUAUGCUCUACGAUCUGAAAAAAUGCUUUUUGAACUGUAUAAGAUUUAUGUCUACUGUAAACAUUGCUUAAUUUUUUCUUUGCUCUUGAUUUAAAAAAAAAAGUUUUGUUGAAAACGCUAUUGAAUAUUGCAAUCUCUCUAGUGUAUUGGAUGGCUUCUUUUGUCCACCGGAUCUCCUGCGUUACCGAUGUGUAUCGUCUCCUUCUCCCUAAAGUGUACUUAAUCUUUGCUUUCUUUGCACAAUGUCUUUGGUUGCAAGUCAUAAGCCUGAGGCAAAUAAAAUUCCAGUAAUUUCCAAGAA